UAGAAGACGCCUGCAGGACGGCGGGUCAGGACACACGCACAGGAGCAGCAGGGGAGCGCAUCCCUGGGGACCGCGCCAUGUGGGCCAGCUGGUGGUUCUGGCCCCUGGUGGCCGUCUGCAGUGCGGACCAGUUCCGGAACACAGCGGAGAGGAUCAUGCAGGGCACGCCUGUCAUUGACGGGCACAAUGACCUGCCCUGGCAACUGCUGAAACUGUUCAACAAUCAGCUUCAGGACCCGAGGGCCAACCUGACCAGCCUGGCCCACACGCACACCAACAUCCCCAAGCUGAGGGCUGGCUUUGUGGGUGCCCAGUUCUGGUCUGCGUACACGCCCUGCGACACCCAGAACAAGGAUGCCGUGAAGAGGACGCUGGAGCAGAUCGACGUCAUCCACCGCAUGUGCCAGUUGUACCCCGAGACCUUCCUGUGUGUCACCGACAGCACAGGCAUCCGGCGGGCCUUCCGGGAGGGAAAGGUGGCCAGUCUGGUUGGCGUGGAGGGCGGCCACUCCAUCGACAGCAGCCUGGGCGUCCUGCGGGCGCUCUACCACCUGGGCAUGCGGUACCUGACUCUCACCCACAGCUGCAACACGCCCUGGGCCGACAACUGGCUGGUGGACACGGGAGAGGACGAGGCCCGCAGCCAAGGCCUGUCACUCUUUGGGCAGAGUGUCGUGAAGGAGAUGAACCGACUGGGCAUCAUCAUCGACUUGGCCCACGCGUCCGUGGCCACCAUGAAGGCUGUGCUGCAGCUGUCCAAGGCCCCCGUGGUCUUCAGCCACUCCUCGGCCUACAGCGUGUGCCAGCACCGGCGCAACGUGCCCGACGACGUGCUCCAGCUGGUGAAGGAGACGGGCAGCCUGGUGAUGGUGAACUUCUACAGUGACUACGUUUCCUGCAGAGCGGAGGCCAACUUGUCCCAAGUGGCAGAUCACCUGGACCACAUCAAGAAGGUGGCGGGGGCCGGAGCCGUGGGCUUGGGUGGGGACUACGAUGGUGUGUCCAGGCUUCCCUCGGGGCUUGAGGACGUGUCCAAGUAUCCAGACCUGGCCGCCGAGCUGCUGAGGAGACAGUGGACCGAGGCAGAGGUCAAGGGCGUCCUGGCAGACAACCUGCUGAGGGUCUUCGAGGCGGUGGAGCAGGCGCGCAGUCACACACAGGCUCCCGGCGAGGAGCCCAUCCCCUUGGGCCAGCUGGAGGCCUCCUGCAGGACCAGCUACGGCUACUCAGGGGCCCCCAGCCUCCACCUCCAGCCGGGGGCCCUGCUGGCCUCCCUUGCACUCCUCGUCCUCUGCCUGUGUCGCCUCUGA